AAUCAAGUUAUUUUUCUCCCCAUCGACUGGGUGGAGCUGCCUGCACAUGCCCCGCAGUCGCAGUCGUAGUCGGUCGCCACCACGUCGUCGCCGCCGCAGUCGCUCUCCAAAUCGCCGCUCAGAGCCGCGUAAUUCGCACCGAAAUCGCCGCCGAAGUCGCAGCAAACGGCGCGAGAUGCCGAAGAAGAACCGGAUCCCCGACAAUUGGGACGAUGUGGCCAAGAUGGGGGCAAUAGUGGGCACCUCUCGGUUCCUACCGCUGCGAGUGCCUCUGGAUGCCAAGUAUUUGCCUCAAUUCCACAACAAAAGGGGCGAAAUCUGGACGCCAAAGGACUUCUUAGAGGCUCAAGAGGCCCAAAAAGUCAACGUCAAGAUGAUCAUUGAUCUCACGAACACCUUCAAAUAUUACGACGGAGAGCACGAGUUUAAGGAUUCGGGGGUGGAAUACGUUAAGCUCAAGAUCGAGGGCUUUAACGGACCCCCGGAUGGCCGAGAUGUGGGCAAAUUCAUGGAUAUUGUCGAUGAGUUUAUGGCAAAAGAGCCUGAAGGGAGUAUUGCGGUGCAUUGCACGCAUGGACUAAACCGGACGGGAUACCUCAUCGUCACUUAUAUGGUAAAGAGGCUGGAUUACACCGUCACAGACGCUUUGGAAGCUUUCAAGACGGCUAGACCGCCAGGACUCAUCAAGCACAUGUACGUCGAGGAUCUGUACAAACGCCUUGGAGAGGGAGAAGAAGUGAAGCUACCGGAGCUACCGGAGUGGGCAAGUGCCAAAUACAGCAAGAGAGCGCACGAAGGAACGAAAAAUAACUACCGUGGCAAGCAUAGGAAUCCUCGAAGGGAAUCGAACGACAAGCCACACGGUACGCACAAGAGAUUCGAGGAAUAGAUCAGACAUUUUAGUUUUUUUGGAGUUAAAACUAUGGCAAUUGGUGUAGUCGGGUUUGAAGAGCGUUCUGGAUAAUAUCUCGACGUUUUUUUACAAGUACUUCGCGGGUUUUUAGUAGGUGCUGAAGCUCGCGGGUGAGCACGAUGGACUGCGUGGCAAUAACCCAAGAAAUCAGUCUUAUGAAAUAAUAAACAGAGUGCUGGCUCACGUUACCUUUGUGUGGGUUAGUUUUACACUCACACGGAUUCGCGCCGGUUGUUCACGUGGUUUUUUCUCGAGAAUUUGCUGGCGCAGUGUUGGAG